UUCAACUAUGCAAUAUUUUCAUUUUAGUAAAGAAAUUUUUUAAUAACAUAAUUUUACCUUACUGAAAGUUAUUUCCUAGUCCUGACAAUUGUUUGAGCUUUUUACUGUUAAGUUACUACUAAAGAACCAUGGCACAUUACAAGGGAGCAGCCUCAGAAGGAGGAAGAGCAAUGAUUCUUAUGAAGAAAAGACAAAAAGAACAGGAAGAAGUAGAAGCAAAGAAGAAAAAAAUUGAAGAAGAACUUAAAAUUGGAAACAUACAGAAUAAGUUUGCUACUCAUUAUGAUGCAAUUGAAGCCCAGUUGAAGUCGAACACUAUAGGUCUUGUCACAUUGGAUGAAAUGAAAGCUAAGCAAGAAGAUAUUGUUAAAAAGAGAGAAAAACAAUUGGCAAAGAAAAAUGCUGAAGCUCAGUUGAUAGAAAAACAGAAGGAGGACAGAAAGAAAAAGGAGAAACUGAAGAUAGCCAAUUUAUCAUUUGUAAUGAAUGAAGAUGAAGAUGAGGAUGAUCAGGAAGAAGAAGAAGAAAUAAUUGAAAUUCCAAAAGCUGACACAGGAAAAAAGAAAAGAUUGGGUAAGAAUCCUGAUGUUGAUACAAGUUUCCUGCCAGACAGAGACAGAGAGGAAGAAGAAAACAAACUCAGGGAACAACUCCGUGAAGAAUGGGCCACUAAGCAAGAGAAAUUAAAGAAUGAAGAGAUUGAAAUAACAUAUAGUUAUUGGGAUGGUUCUGGACAUCGUAGACAGGUACGCAUGAGGAAAGGGAACAGUAUCCAACAGUUCUUACAGAAGUGUUUGGAAGGAUUACGGAGAGAAUUCAAUGAUUUGAAAUCAGUCACAGUUGAUCAGUUAAUGUAUGUAAAAGAAGACUUAAUUAUUGCACAACAUUAUACUUUCUAUGAUUUUAUAGUGACAAAAGCAAGAGGAAAAAGUGGACCAUUAUUUAACUUUGAUGUGCACGAGGAUGUUCGAUUGGUCAGUGACGCUUCAGUGGAGAAAGACGAGUCCCAUGCCGGCAAAGUUUGUCUUAGAUCUUGGUAUGAAAGAAACAAACACAUUUUCCCUGCUAGUCGAUGGGAACCAUAUGAUCCAGAGAAACGCUGGGAUUCUUAUACUGUGUCAGAUAAAAAUGCUAUAAAAAUUAUGGUGAAAUAAUUUAUUGUUCAUUACUGAACGCAUCUUCAUCUCAUCAUUA